UUUUCUCGCGACACAGUACAUCUUAGAGGACGCUAGCAAAGCAUGGGACACUCUUCUUUAUUACUAGUGUUGAUAUAUGUGUUAUAUUUACCUUUAACAGAAGUGUUCGCAAGUUUCCAGAAGUGUAGCAGUGAGGAAUUUUCGUGUAAUGACGGCAGGUGUUUGCCUUUGAACCUGCGCUGCGACGGUGUGGACCACUGCGGGGACAGUAGCGACGAAAGCACCUGCUUUGACUGCAAUACCGGCUCGCUCAACUGCGUGGCAUCAGCUCCCUGCAUUCAUUCCAGCAACAUCUGUGAUGGCAAGCCUGACUGCCCAGAUGGUGCAGACGAGAACGAUUGCACAGAUCUCAAUACAAAAGUUUGCUCCAAGUCAGAGUUCACGUGCGCCAAUGGACAAUGUGUGGUUAGUUCCUGGAGGUGCGACCACUCCAAUGACUGUCAAGAUGGCAGUGAUGAACUGGGUUGUGAUCUGAACGAGUGCGAGUAUGAUAACGGAGGCUGUUCUCACCUGUGUGUAGAUCUACCAUUAGGCUUCAUUUGUGACUGUCCAAGUGGAAUGAGGUUGCUCCAGGAUACACACUGUGAGGAUGUGGACCACUGUCUUGAUUCAGAUGUGUGUGAUCAGAUUUGCAUCUAUUCCAAUGAAUCUAUUGCAUGUGAGUGUCAGGACGGGUAUGAUCUGACCUCAGGGACGGGGCAGUGCAAGGCUACAGGCGGUGAAGCUCAUAUGGUGGUCUGUACUCAUGAGGGCAUUAAGUGGAUGGAUCUCUAUGGCUCAGAGGAAAGAAACAUCACGUCUUGGGUCACAAUGGGGUCACCGGGGCCUAUUGCAGCUGGAAAUGCAAAAAACAAACUGUAUUGGGCCAGUCCAGAUGAUGACCACAUUUACAGGAUCUCUGUUGACUCCAGUGACCACACCCAUUCUGAGUUGAUAAAGGCCUCCACUGGCAUUCUGGGAUUAGCAGUAGAUGAGCUCCAUGAGCAUCUGUACUGGGUCAGCACCAGUACACACGGGUUACACGUGGUCUCAUUUAAUGGAUCUGACCAAAAGCAGAUAAUCUCUGGACUCUCCAGACCUACAGCAGUUGCUGUUCAACCUCUGAAAGGACAUCUGUUCUGGGCAGAUAGUGGGACAUCGCCCAGAAUUGAGCGUGCCAGACUGGAUGGACACCAAAGAAUAGUACUGAUAACCUCUUCUAUAUAUCACCCUGUGGCACUUUCACUAGAUAUUCCCAGAGGUCUGUUAUAUUGGGCUGACUCGGGCCUCCACACAAUAUCAAGGGUUGCAUUUGAUGGAAACCACAGAAAGACAGUUGUAGAGUCCAAUGGAUAUCUGGAUCGACCGUUCGGACUGGCAGUGUUUGAGAGUCGUGUGUAUUGGAGCGACCAGUUGACCAACUCCACAUGUAGUGCAAACAAGCACAACGGAAAGGAACUUCAGGUGUCCCAGAAGCUCGGUUCUGUUUUACCUGCUGGGCUGGCCAUUUUACAACCAUCUUUGUGGCCUGCAGAAAAAGAUCUGCCUCCAACGGAAACUAAAACCACACUGACUGAUUCAGCCUUUGCAUGGAUUCUAUUUUUGACCGCCUUUCUCAGCCUUCUGUUGGUGGGAGCAGUAAUAUGCUGGCGAAGGUCAGAGUUCGACAUUCAUCGCUCUCUCUCUCUUAUCGGACACAUAUCAUUCAAGGAGUCCCAGGACCCCCUUCUAGUGACUGGACCACCUAUGGUACAUGAACACAAAGAUAGCACACAGUCUGGUCCGGAAAUGUGAAGAGGCAUUUUCCUGAAAAGGAAGUGCUGAUGUUUUCUGCUGAUGCCUCUGUUUCCUGCUAUGAAAAAUAGAGACAUGGGCAGAGUUCACACUUCAUUUUUUUUACUUUAAUAAAAUAAAAGUGUGUGUCUAUUAAUGAUCAUUUAAAUUAGUUGAUGGAGAUUCCCUGUUUUGAAAAUAUUUUGCUUUAAUUGUAGCACAAUUUCUCUGACAGAGUUAAUUUAUCGUGACAGUAUCAGACCAUUUUGCAAGAAACCAAAUAUGUAUCAAAACAGCAGUCAUGCUAUUCAAGAACCUUACCAAAGUUGCUGUUUUAUUAAAUACUGAGUUUCUUGCAAAGAGUUUUUGUUCUUUAGUACUUGAAUAAUGUGUCCAACUAAAGCAUUCAGCCUUGCUUUUUGUUUUUAUAGAUUACAUUUUAUUUAGAACACAAGAAUAUGUCAGUGUUUUGUGCUUCAUGUCAAUACUUCAAACUGGCCAUGGAGUGGCAUAGCAGAGCUAAGAUUUCACAUUAUGCCGGACAUUUAUUAUUAGUUCUUACAAUUUUCUGUUGUGUUUUCUUUGCUGUAAUUUUUCAGUGAUUAAUGGCACUUGGUCUUUGAGUUCAGUGGUGUAUAAAUCUCUGUCUUGUAAUGGAAACAUGUACUAAUGCUGGAUGUGCCUUUGACUACUGGAGGGACAGUUCUGUUAUAUUUAUUGUGUUUUAUGUUUUAUUUAUGUAUUUGUCAGGGACCAUGCACAAAAAAAGCAGUCUGAAAAGAGAAGAGAUUCUUGUGCACUAGAUUUAUCUACUUGUUAAUGCAGUCCAUGGGCAGGUAAAUAGGAUAGAAAACGAAAUCGACACAUAACUUACUGUACGAAGCACAAAAACAAAGAUUUGGGGUGAAAAACAAAUGCGAUUUUAUUUGUGUGGUUUUCUUUCAAAUCUUUCCGUUUCAUUUUGAUGCAGUGACUGAUGUAGUACAAACAUUUCACGACAUUCUUAUUAUACAAAUGAAGUUUAUUUUGGAGUUCGAAUCCUUUCUCAAAACAAUGGUAUCAAAUGGCAGGGAGAAAUAAAAUAUGCGUUGGAAAUCAUA